AGCGGGUGGGGGGCUCGUGGAGCGCGCGCCCCGCACCCGAGGGCUGCGGAGCGAUAUUUUGGGUGGCAGGAGGCCCCUCGUCAUUUCCGCCGGGCGGCUCGUCGUGCCGGGGGCUCCACUCCCGCGCGCCACGGCGAGCGAGCGGGCAAGUUGGCUGCGGCGCUGCGCCGGCGCCUCCUGCCUUCUCCCGCUGCGGCGACCCUCGGCGGCUCGAGCCAUGAACUGAAGCCCCGCGGGGACGCACACCCGGGGCUGAGCGGCGGCUAGCGGCGGAGGCUGCAGCAGCAGCCGCCGCCAGUGCUGGGACCGAGCCGACCCCAACGCUUUUUCCCCGGCCGGCCGGCCGUCGCCGCUCCCACCCACCGCACUCGCUCGCCUCCGACGCUCCAGCCUCGGGACCGCCACACAAAAGCCACCCUCUCCGAGCCGCCACCCCGGGAGCCUGCAGCCGGCCACCGACCCCACCUGAGGGUGCCUCGGGCUGUGGACUUCGCUUUCUGUCCGAGCUCCGCGUCCCACGCGGCACUGACCCCCGCCACUCAUGGCUCUGAUCAUGGAACCGGUGAGCAAAUGGUCUCCGAGUCAAGUAGUGGACUGGAUGAAAGGUCUUGAUGACUGUUUGCAGCAGUAUAUUAAGAACUUUGAGAGGGAGAAGAUCAGUGGAGAUCAGCUGCUACGCAUCACACAUCAGGAACUGGAAGAUCUGGGAGUCAGCCGUAUUGGCCAUCAGGAGCUAAUCUUGGAGGCAGUUGACCUUCUGUGUGCACUGAAUUAUGGCUUAGAAACAGAAAAUCUAAAAACCCUUUCUCACAAGUUGAAUGCAUCUGCCAAAAAUCUACAGAACUUCAUAACAGGAAGGAGAAGGAGUGGCCAUUAUGAUGGGAGGACCAGCAGAAAAUUGCCAAAUGACUUUCUGACCUCAGUUGUGGAUCUGAUUGGAGCAGCCAAGAGUCUCCUCGCCUGGUUGGACAGGUCACCAUUUGCUGCUGUGACAGACUAUUCAGUCACAAGAAAUAACGUCAUACAGCUCUGCUUGGAACUAACAACAAUCGUGCAACAGGAUUGCACUGUAUAUGAAACUGAGAAUAAAAUCCUUCAUGUGUGUAAAACUCUUUCUGGAGUGUGUGACCACAUCAUAUCCCUGUCAUCAGAUCCUCUGGUUUCACAGUCGGCUCACCUGGAAGUGAUUCAGCUGGCAAAUAUUAAACCGAGUGAAGGGCUGGGUAUGUAUAUUAAAUCCACAUAUGAUGGCCUCCAUGUAAUCACUGGAACAACAGAAAAUUCACCUGCAGAUCGAUGCAAGAAAAUCCAUGCUGGGGAUGAAGUGAUUCAAGUUAAUCAUCAGACUGUGGUGGGGUGGCAGUUGAAAAAUUUGGUGAAUGCACUACGAGAGGACCCGAGUGGUGUUAUCUUAACUUUGAAAAAGCGACCUCAGAGCAUGCUUACCUCAGCACCAGCUUUACUGAAAAAUAUGAGAUGGAAGCCCCUUGCUCUGCAGCCUCUUAUACCUAGAAGUCCCACAAGCAGCGUUGCCACGCCCUCCAGCACCAUCAGUACACCCACCAAGAGAGACAGCUCUGCCCUCCAGGAUCUCUACAUUCCCCCUCCUCCUGCAGAGCCCUAUAUUCCCAGGGACGAAAAGGGAAACCUUCCUUGUGAAGACCUCAGAGGACAUAUGGUGGGCAAGCCAGUUCAUAAGGGAUCUGAAUCCCCAAACUCAUUUCUGGAUCAGGAAUAUCGAAAGAGGUUUAACAUCGUGGAAGAAGAUACCGUCUUGUAUUGCUAUGAAUAUGAAAAAGGACGAUCAAGUAGUCAAGGAAGACGAGAAAGCACACCGACCUAUGGCAAGCUACGACCUAUAUCUAUGCCAGUCGAAUAUAAUUGGGUGGGGGACUAUGAAGAUCCAAAUAAGAUGAAGAGAGAUAGUAGAAGAGAAAACUCUCUACUUCGCUAUAUGAGCAAUGAAAAAAUUGCUCAAGAAGAAUACAUGUUUCAGAGAAACAGCAAAAAAGACACAGGAAAGAAGUCAAAAAAGAAGGGUGAUAAGAGUAACAGUCCAACUCACUAUUCACUGCUACCUAGUUUGCAAAUGGAUGCAUUGAGACAAGACAUCUUGAGCACACCAGUUCCAGAAACCACACUGUACCAUACAUUUCAGCAGUCCUCUCUGCAGCACAAAUCAAAGAAGAAGAACAAAGGAGCCAUAGCAGGCAAGAGCAAAAGACGAAUUUCUUGCAAGGAUCUUGGCCGUGGUGACUGUGAGGGAUGGCUUUGGAAAAAGAAAGAUGCAAAGAGCUAUUUUUCACAGAAAUGGAAGAAGUACUGGUUUGUCCUGAAGGAUGCAUCCCUGUACUGGUACAUUAAUGAAGAGGAUGAAAAAGCAGAAGGAUUCAUCAGUCUGCCUGAAUUUAAAAUUGAUAGAGCCAGUGAAUGCCGCAAGAAAUAUGCAUUCAAAGCCUGCCAUCCUAAAAUCAAAAGCUUCUAUUUUGCUGCUGAACAUCUUGAUGACAUGAACAGAUGGCUUAAUAGAAUUAACAUGAUGACUGCAGGAUAUGCAGAAAGGGAGAGGAUUAAGCAAGAACAAGACUACUGGAGUGAGAGUGACAAAGAAGAAGCAGAUACUCCAUCAACACCGAAGCAAGACAGCCCUCCGCCCCCCUAUGAUACAUACCCACGGCCUCCCUCUAUGAGUUGCGCCAGUCCUUAUGUGGAAACAAAGCACAGCCGGCUCUCCUCCACUGAGACCUCUCAUUCUUCACAUGAGGAGUUCCGCCAGGAAGUUACUGGGAGCAGUGCCAUGUCCCCCAUUCGCAAGACAGCCAGUCAGCGCCGCUCCUGGCAGGAUUUAAUCGAGACACCGCUGACAAGUUCAGGCUUACAUUACCUUCAGACUCUGCCUCUGGAAGAUUCUGUCUUCUCUGACUCGGCGGCCAUCUCCCCUGAGCACAGGCGACAGUCUACUCUUCCCACUCAGAAGUGCCAUCUCCAGGAUCACUAUGGCCCAUACCCAUUAGCGGAGAGUGAGAGGAUGCAGGUGUUAAACGGCAAUGGGGGCAAGCCCCGAAGUUUUACUCUGCCUCGAGACAGCGGGUUCAACCACUGCUGUCUGAAUGCACCGGUUAGUGCCUGUGACCCACAAGAUGACAUCCAGCCACCAGAGGUGGAAGAAGAGGAGGAAGAGGAAGAAGGGGAGGCAGCAGGAGAAAACAUAGGCGAGAAAAGCUAAUACACUACGAGAGUUGGUAGAACCUCUCCAUGCCAAAUCGGAUCCACUUCUGUUGGCACUCAACCCAUUGGAAUCACAGAUUGCUAAGCUAAUGUUUAGAGAAUUUAGAUCGAAGAGAGUCGGCACGGCGCAGACUCAACAUCAACCUCUUGCAAGCAACUAAAAUGGCCUCGUCCUUGCUGUUUAUAACAGAAAACAGACUUGUAAAAAGCUUAGACCAUCAAGUGUUGUGGAUUUGGGGCCUCCCUAAAGGGAUAUUAUGAGGGGCAGGCCACUCUUUAAGAAGAAUUCGAGCUUUCUACAGUGGGACUAGCAUAAGAUCAAACCAAUCAAGAUGGAACACAGUAGCCGAAAACUGCCCUGUCUAUGGGUGAACAGAGGGUAAAGGGUCUUGCCUGGGGAAGGGCUCUAUGGUGACACCUCAGUUGUGUUCGCCUGACACCAGGAAGAGAGGGAUCAGCACCGAUAAUUAGAAAAUGCUGUUUAAUGGACUCUUGGUGGCCUGGUUAAGGCAAAGCAGUGGAAGCAAAUUCUGUGUUAAGUGUAUUUGCAUUUUUAAAUCUUGACAUGCUGUAUUGUACUAAAUUAAGUGUUAAUCUAUUAAGGCAAGGUGUACACACCCUGCUCUGAAACUUAAUAUGUUUAUUCUAUUAUUAAAGCAUAUUCAGGUGUAAGGCAGACUGCUUUCAGUGACAGUAAUGAAGGAAAUUCCUCAUGCCAGGCUUUAUUCAAUUCCUUAGCUAAAAUCCUAACUUUCUCCUUUGUCUUGGCACUUAAAUAGAAGUGAUGUUGCCUCUUAAAGUGGAAUGAGCUAUCCUUUUUCUGUAAAAUAAUCCAAAUCUGUAGGCUAUGGUUUUCCAUAUUUGAAAAAAUAUUUUGUCUGGAUGUCUUUCAAACAAGCUUCAGAUAUUAUUUAAUACUAUGUAACUGGGUCCCCUGUGGCUCAUUAUUGCUUAUUUUUCUUCUGUGGUAGAUGUGAAAUUUCCUUUAGUUGGAUAAGAUACACUGUAAUGAUUUCAAUGCUAAUUAUUGGAUAUUUCAUACUGUGCAGUGAAAAAUAAUUUAAUAUUGUAUUAUGAAAUGUUUUUCUUCCUGUUGCUGCAGUGUGUGGUAUUGCUUAAUAUUAAUACCUGUUAAAAUAUUAAAUUACUUAAAAUAAAAAUAUUACCAGUUGGUACCAGAUCUUUCUAGAUAGCUGAAUAUUUGCUAAGUAUGCUUGAUAGCAAGUAUUUUUCCAGUGAGAAGAAAUCUAUGCUUCUUUCUCACAAAUGAAGUUUGUGUUGUGAAUCAAAAUCACAUGGAUCUGCCUUAUAAUUGCCUUUGUGCUCUAACCAUUUCAUGUGUUUUUAAGUAUAUCUAAAGAAUGGUGGUUCUUGGUUCAUGGAAAUAAGUCAAAUUUAUUUUAUUGGCAUUUAAUAGUAAUGAAAUUCUCUUGGGUCAUUCUCACUGUUGAUAUUAUAGUAAAACUUUAUGAUUUGAAGAAUUCUAGGUAGUUUUCCUCAUUAAUGAGUGUAGUGACUGUGUAUUAAUUUUCAAAUAAAAUAUCCCUUAGCUUUACUUUGAAGCUGUCACUAUUAUGAAUUUCUGCCUUAAACUUCCAUUUUAACUGGUUACAUAUUUAAACUAUGUGGGUAAAUUUGGAUUCUGACAUUAAUUUCUAUGUUUGUCUUUCAAACAGCCAUUCCUUCUUAGGGAUUAGUAAAUUAGUAUUAAAGAUGCUGACAUUCUGCCAUUUGAAAUAUUCAUCAUUAAAAAAAACCUC